AUGGCCGGCUCCCUGAAACGAAAGAAGGCCCAAAAGGCGAAGGACUUUGUCAAACCCAAACUCAAAGUGGGGAAGACCGCAGCCAAGCCAUCCAACCAUACCGAUACCCUGUUCAAAGCGAAAACAAUCACCCUCAACCAACAGAUCGGCAAGCGGCUCACCAGUGAACAAGACUUGAUCCAUCAGCUUUCCCUUACCAAGCACCACAGUGACUCGACGAGAAAGGAAGUCCUCCAGAAUUUGGAGGGGCUGUUGCCCGACAAUCCCUCGCUUUACAAACAAAUCCUCGCCUCGGUGACCCCGCUUAUACUUGACCCCGAGGUGCUGAAACCGCUUAUAGCAUUAUUGACCACUGCCGCCCGUAAGCAGCCAGGUCUCAUGGAUCUCCAUAUGCGCCUGGUGGUUUUGUUUGUGCUUCUGGCGAUGUCUCACAUUAAUCCUCGAGUGAGAAACAACUCGUCAAAGUUCCUCGAGAUCUUAAUUGAUUACGCCCCGCAACUGUUAAGUAAGCAGAACUUUGUCAAGGUGCUCAAAAACUACUUCGGGUUGAUGGCGUGGACUCUCGUCGACGAUAAGACCCAGAAGGGGUUGGCUAUCACUGCCAGUAGUGCUCAAGGGGGCUCGGUGAAGAAGGCCCGGAUCCCUCACCUCCAAGUGCUCCAGAAGUUUUUGCGACUGCUGCUUUUCGAAGUUACGUCGGCCAAAGAUAUCGACUGGAGUGCCGUGGUCACCGUCCACCCUCAGCUGUUCCGGUACAUGAUCCCUCAUGCGCCGCAACCGUACGCUCCACUCAAGCUUUUCGUGCAAGAAUUACAACUGACACAGACCGAUCUCAGUCUAUCUGACAUUGAUCUGAUUCUGGCGGAAGACUUAGACACGAGACGGCGGGUGUUCUCCGAAGUGUUCAUGGAGCCGAUGAAGCGUGGGGUGGCGCCGAUGAUUAAGGAAGGGGGCGAGGUUGGUAGAGAGGCCAACAACUUGUUACUGUGCAUUCUUGAGUUUGAACAAGACCUUAAGCAAAAUAAUUAG